GGAGUACGGUGAGGCCACCUCCUGAACAACACGGCCCCUACCCAACAACGUCGCCGCUGCUACAUCACCGGAGCUCGUCCGCCAUGGCCUCCCCCUCAAGCUUCGGAAGAAUCGAUUUUGGCCGCCGCCAACAGAUCGAGCGACCGCCCUCUCUCCACAUCGCCUCUGCUGGAUUCAGCUGGCAGUGGAGCGCCGCCCCGAUUCGUAUAGCUCCAGUAGUAGUUAUGGGCGGCAGCAAAUCCAUUCGGUUGGAAGCAAGACGCGCCAUAAUCGCCGCUCGAGAGCUCGUCGGGAUCCGCGGCCGUUCCAGCGCGAGCUAGCUUUCCUAGCAGCACAAGCCACCGAGCCGCACUUGCCUCCCGCUUCCUCGCGCGAGUGCGUGCGCUGCACUGCCGCAUCGCCUUGGCCCAGACGCGAUGCCUCUGCACCUCCGCCCCUUUUCUGUGGACGCUCGCGCAGGCACACUGCUCUGCGACGAAUUUGAUUUGGGAAUCUCCUCAAGCUUCGGCAGAAUCAAUUUUGGCCACCACCAACAGAUCGAGCGACCGCACUUUGAUUUGAGAAUCUCCUAAAGCUUCAGUAGAAUCAAUUUUGGCUGCCACCAACAGAUCGAGCGGUCGCUCAAAUCGAGACGAGCUCGCGCACGCGGCAGCAGCAGCAACCAUGAAGAGCUUGGCCACGGACGAGCGGGUGUUCUGCCCGGACUGCCACCGCGCGACGGAGGUGGUGCUCAACCACGCCACCGGCGACACCAUCUGCACCGAGUGCGCGCUCGUCCUCGACGUGCACUUCAUCGACGAGGUCUCCGAGUGGCGCACCUUCAGCACCGACGCCGUCGCCGGCGGCGACGACCGCGACCCCAGCCGCAUCGGCUCCACGGGCGACCCUUCCUCGACGCCAAGCUCUCCACCGGUGCCCAGGAUGUUGACCAACUGCAGCAGGGCAUCCGAGCGGGGCGAGAUUUGGUGUUCGGGGUUCCGUUGGGAAUUUCACGGCCGUUUGAUGGCCGUGAGUAUCUACUCGCGAAGAUCCAAUCUAAAAGCAAAUCUAACGGUGUCUAGGGGGUUCUCACGUACCCCCCUUAUCACCAAAUCCACUCUCUCUUUCUAUGUUCAACUUGCAGAUCCACGAGCGCACGCCGCCCCUGCGCGCUGA